GAAAAACAUCAAAUAUUGUGCCUUUCUUUAUCGUGGGCCUGUAAAUUUCCCGUUCAUGCCCCCAGAUUGCGAGGCCCAGCAUGACUGCCUACACGGAGACCUGGGUUGCUGGCCCCCAUUCCACUAACUUCUAUACGCGCACUUACGAAGCGACAUCUCCUAUUUAUGUGCUCGUAGCCGUCCACGGAGCUGCGGAACAUUCUGGUCGAUAUACGCGUGCCCACUCGUCUUUCGCCGAGCGAGGCAUCACUGUCUUCUCAUAUGACCAGCGCGGGUACGGGCGUACGGCACUAGACGCAGAGCACAAGAGUGGGAACAGCACAUAUGGUAAGACGUGCUGGGCCAACCAGUUAGAGGACUUGGACUGGGCGGUGCAGUAUGUGCACCAACGUUAUACGAAAUUGCCUAUUUUCCUAGUGGGCUCGUCCAUGGCAGGAACUUUGUGCCUUAGCUUUGUGACGCGACCGGGGCCGCCACAGAGACGGGCGUCCAUCGCUCUACUGUCGGGGAUCAUCGCUUCUGCGCCCACAUUUCUAUUGACCGAACGCCCGUCAUGGCCCGUCUAUUUGACGGUGAAGGCUCUCCGCUUGUUGGUUCCCAAUAUGUUGUUGCCCAUGAAGCACGAUCCCGAGAAACUCUCGAGUAAUGAAGAGACCAACAAGGCUUACCUGGAAGACCCUCUUGUCGGAGCCCCUGGUAGUAUGCUCUCAGUCUAUGAUCUUGUCAACGAAGGUGAACAGCUACUGAGGAUAUAUUACAAAGAUUUUCCCAGUCAACUUCCGCUGCUCGUUCUGCAAGGAACGGCUGAUCAGUUAUCAGACCCUGCGGCGACACAGUCAUUCUUCGAGAAGCUAGCGGCUGAGCAAAAGAAGCUUGUUGUAUAUCCUGGCGCACGACACGAGUUGCACAACGAACCUGUGCAGGAUCAAUUGCUAGAAGAAUGUGUCGACUUCAUCAGACGCACUACUAACGAACCUCGCGGCGUACUCGGCGAUGCGUAGUCUCCCUUAGGCGCGCCCUUGUUACGGCCUUGCAGUUAUAGUGUGAAGAGCCGGAAGCCUGCUGAGGGCGGUUGGCAGUGUGGCCUAGCAGUGCCAGCGACCACACCCCAACCCCGCGAGUCUUCCGGCGCUACAUGACAGUGGACUUUGCUUUGUGUUGUUUUCUUGCUACCGUACUCCGUCAGUUUGAACCGUUGUUACAGUCUUCUCUUUGCGAGUAUACAUGUCGUGUGUGGGCGGCCGCGGCGAAUUACACUGAAAGCC